AUGUGCCGGAGCGGAUUCGGCGAGCAGGAAGGGUCGUUCGAGUUGCUCGUUGAGAGCUUGGAGUCCAUCGAGGUACAGAAAAAAGAGUCCGCUGAAAAGGAAACCAUCGAGGAUCAGACGAAGGAAUCAAUUCUGUCAGAAAAGAAAGGACCGUUCGGUCAAGCCGAAGCGUACUAUGUCCCCGUGGAAGAACAGUCUGAAGAAGACAAGACAUGGAUGCGGGUCGCGCUCGAUAUGGCUGAGGAGGCGUUGCAAGCUGCAGAGGUUCCGGUUGGAUGUGUUUUCGUUAGAAAUGGCGAGGCAAUAGCCAAAGCGAGAAACAGAACAAACGAGUGGCGCAAUGCAACACUGCACGCCGAGCUGGUAUCACUCGAUCAUAUCAUACAGACUCAGCAAAUCCCCACACCAUUAUCCGAUGUCACCCUCUACGUGACGGUCGAGCCUUGUGUGAUGUGUGCCAGCGCUCUGCGUCAGAUCGGAAUCGGCAAGGUGUAUUAUGGUUGCGGAAACGAACGUUUCGGCGGUUGCGGCAGCGUUUUGGACGUCAACAGCACCGACAUGAUACCUACACAGAAAGGGUUCCCAGCAUACGGAGGUUACUACCGUGAAGAGGCUAUUCUGGCUUUACGGAGAUUCUACAUCACCUCUAAUACGAACGCGCCGAAGCCUCGAAACAAAGGCAAGCGGGUCUUGAAGACAGAGUUCUUGCCGAUCAAGCCGGCAGGAGGGACGCCUCCUCCUGCUUUAUAG